AUGGCCACCGCCACAACUAGCGAACCACUCCUCACUAUUUCCGCCAUGUCCCUCAUGACGGAGAACUUGGCGGCCUCCAAGGCAUUCUACACCAACGUCUUUGGCGCGCGUGUGCUCAAUGAGGAUGCCGAAUCCUGCGCCGUCAAAUUCAACAACAUCAUCAUCAAUUUGCUUGAUGCCGCCGCGGGGGACGAGCUUAUUCGGCCGUCCAAGGUAGCGUCUCCGGAAGUUGGCAAGCGGUUCCAGCUGAGUAUCUGGGUAGACGACCUUGAUGCUACCAUGGAAAAGUUGAAAUCCAAGGGUGUUGAGUUUCGGUCAGGUCCUGAAUUGCGACCCUGGGGUUUGAGAACCGCUACCUUUGAUGACCCGGCUGGACACAAUUGGGAAAUUGCGGAGGAUGUCAGCAAAAAAUAG